CAUUGUUACCGUGUUACGUUACGUUACGUGUUCGUGUUUGUUUCUUAAUUAAAUGUGGUGCUAUUAAUGCUAUUAUUGAAACUAAACUAUGGAAGUGGAUGUGGAAGAAGAAGAGAUACAACUUCACCUAUCCUCGAACGAUGAUUCCUGCAGUUCAAACCAACCGCAGCAGCGAAACCUUACUGUAGAAGUAGAAAUUCACGCUCCUCCAACCAAGAGUAGACAUUCAGAGGAAGUUCAUGCUCCUUCAAAAGCCAGCUCAGAUGAACUAAGCGACAUUUUAAAAAAGCAAAAGCUUUCCCUUAUCGUCGACGAAUCCACUGACAAAGGCGACUCAAAAAACCUUGUUCUGGCCACUAGGUAUUUCGGCAGUAAAGUGUGCGAUGCCAGAGAUAGAUUCUUUGAUUUAAUUACUCUCCCUGAAGGUAAAGCAGAUCAUGUAUCUCUUUAUAAUUCAGUUAAAACGUCAUUUGAGCAGAAAGAUGUUCCUUAUAAAGAAAACUUGAUUGGGUUUGGUGCUGAUGGUUGUAAUGUUAUGCAUGGCUGUCACCAUUCAGUUAAAACUUUGUUAAUGAAGGAUUGUCCUUUUCUUUUUACGUCAACAUGUAUUUGCCAUUCUUUUGCAUUGUGAGUAAAUAAAGGGGUUGCAGAGCUCCCUAGACAUUCAGAAGAUUGCUUACGAGACGUUUGCAAUUUUAUUAAAAAUAGUGCCAUCAGAUAUGCGCAUUUGAAGGCGUGUCAGGUUAUAUGUGAGCUUAAACCAAAUAAAAUGUUGAAAAAAGUAGAUACUCGAUGGCUGUCAUUAGGAGAUGUUAUGGCCCGGGUUAUCCGUUAUGAUUCAAUGAUUCAAUUGAAUUCGUUAUGAUUCUGUUAUGAUUCAAUUCAAAAAAUUGAUCUUGAAUUUCGAGGUAUAGUACAAGAGAGAUCUUUGAAAAGCUCUGAUCUUCGCCUUAGUCUAUGUAUCAAACUAAAAUGACUCUAAAGUUGUUAAUAAAAUGUGCCUCUUCCUUAA